AUGGCGAAGAAGAACUACUACGCGGUCGCCUCGGGCAAAAGGACCGGCAUUUUCGACUCGUGGGACGAGGCCAGGCCCUUAGUGGAGAGAGUCCGCGGCGCGCUACACAAAGGCUUCGCGACGCGCGACGAGGCGGAGAAAUGGCUCGCGGAGCAAUCUGGCGGCAGAGGCGCGGAACCGGCGCCGGGCGACGCGGCGCCCGGGGCGCCGCCGCCGCGCCCGCGGCUCGGGAAGACGAAGGUCGGCCGUCCGGCCGGGAACCGCGACGUCGCCGCCGACCUCGCGGCCGCGAUGCCCGAGGCCCUGGCGCGCCAGCGGCGGGACGUAGCGAGGAGCGCGCCCUCUCCGGCGGCCGGCGAGCGGCGCGACUUCGGCCUCAACCUGCCGGCCACCGCGUCGCGCGACGCCUACCGGAACGCCGUGGGCGCAUUCCCGGGCAUGGCGGCCCACCGGCGCCCGGCCGCGCCCCCCGUCGCCGGGGCGCCGCCGCUGCGCCGGCGCGACGGGCCGUCCGUGGGGGAUUUGCUAGAGGGACCGCCCAAGAAGAAGGCCCGGGCCGACACCGCGCCGGCGCCCUAUCGGCCGAGGCUGACGUCAGCUGGUAUAAUACCGGCCGAGAAUGGUGAGACGUACUUAUACGGCGUGCCCCUGGGGCCGCCCCGAGGGAUCACGGGGAACUCCGAAAAAUUUGACCGUUUGCCGGCGCGCGACCAAGAGGUGUGCAGGGCGAGAGACGACUUUGAUGCUAAUGACGGAGAAUACUUUCCUAACCUAACGGGCACACUUACGGACUGGGAGAAUGAGAUUUACUUGUAUCUCCUCAAGCAGUACGGCCAGCCCCUGACAGGAAACUUCUACGCGGUUCGUGAGUUCAAACGGGAAUUCGGAUAUCGCAAGUGGGAGUCGGUGAGAACUCACGUUAACCGGUUCAACGGGGGCCAGACGACGCACAAGACGGGACCCCGGGGCGGCAAGAUCAAGAGCACGGUGUACAAGGAUUGGGUCGCGGCGCACGGGGGCGAGUGGGUCGGGUUCCAGUGGCGGCCCUUAUGA